AUGCCUACCGUAUCCGUUCUUAAAGAUGAGUUUUUCAAACAACUAGGCCACAAUCUAAGUUUGGAGGAUUUGGAGUCACUAUUCUUCGAGUUUGGACUAGAGUACGAUGGCGAAGACUUUGACGAUAAUGGGAGAGAUUUGAUAAAAAUAGAGAUACCGGCGAAUAGGUAUGACCUUUUAUCACUAGAAGGUUUGGUCACCGCUCUCCUGUGUUUUAGAUGGGACGUCGAAAUUCCGAAAAUCACUCUCGUCCCUCCAACUCCCCCAAAUCUAUCUAGAAUCGAUGUUCAAAAGGAGAAUUCGGCUAUUCGCCCUUAUAUAUUCUCGGCCAUAUUGAGGGGUGUGGUUCUGGACGAAAACCGCUACAAAAGUCUGAUUGAUAUGCAGGAAAAACUGCACCAGAAUCUGUGUAGAAAGAGGACUAUAGCGGCCAUAGGCACUCAUGAUUUAGAUGCCGUAACCCCUCCAUUCACAUACACAUUUGAACGACCGGAGGACAUUGUGUUCGCACCUUUGACUAACGCCUCCACGGAGUACAACGCCCUGGAGUUAAUGGAAAUUUAUGAAUACCAUCCGCAACUCAAGAAUUAUUCAAAACUUUUGAAGGGGCAGCCCUUUUACCCUGUCGUCAGGGACAGCAAAGGAAACGUCUGCUCACUCCCUCCGGUUAUUAACUCGCACAGGACGAGCAUAACUCUGAAAACACGUAACAUAUUCAUCGAAGUCACCUCGACUGACAAGGUCAAGGGCUCUAUAGUUUUAAAUCAACUAGUCGCCUCGUUCUGCAAGUAUUGCGAAACUCCAUACGCAGUCGAGCCCGUGCUGGUUCAAUACGAUGCUCCCAUGGUAACUCCGGAUCUGACCAGGUUUGUACUCACUAUUCACUUCGUUUUCAGACGAAGCAUGAGAACCUCCCUUGCCUAUGUCUCAAAAUUGAUCGGGGUUAAAGAUUUGUCCUGUGACGAGGCCUGUAAACUUCUGGGCAAGAUGAUGGUUGUUUCAAGGGCUGUGGAUUCCGAAACCUUGGAAUCCUCAGUUCCGAUAACGAGGCCAGGUACCGAAAGCGUGACCCAUGACCCUUCAGACAUACAGCAUCCCUGUGACUUGGCAGAGGAUAUAGCAAUCGCAUACGGCUACAGGAACAUUAGGAGGAACAUAUCGAGCACCGGGACCCUGAUGGAGAAGACCGUCCUGUUGGACCGGGUCAAGUUCGUGUUCACAAGCUGCUCCUUCAAGGAGACGCUGAUGCCGAUUCUUGACUCGUUCAAGUCGUCCUUUCACGACAUGUGCUGGCCGAUGCCAGCUGAAAGUGACAAGAGGGCUCCAGUCGUGGUCUUAAACUCGCAAUUGAGCGAGAAUGAGACUCUGAGAACCUCGCUGCUACCCGGACUGCUGAAAUCGGUGCAGUACAAGAAGGGGUCAAACCUGCCAAUACGGCUUUUCGAGGUUGGAGAGGUCGUUUGGAAGAACUUGGAAUCUGACGUUGGAGCCAUCAACAACACGAACUGCGCGUGCGCAUAUGCAAACUCGACAUCGGGACUCGAAGACGUCCAAGGCCUCUCGGAAUAUUUGUUAAAUAGGCUCGGGUUCAUCAGUGAAUACCAGGUGUGGGAGUUCAACGAGUUCGGGAAGGAGAUUCCAGACUCCUGGAAGAUCAGAUACACACUGAAGGAAACGGAAGAUCCGGCCUUUUUACCAGGAAGGUGCGUUCAUUUUGUCCUGAGUUCCGAUCCGAAUAAGAAAUUCGGGGUAAUGGGCAUCGUCCACCCCAACGUUUUGAAGAACUUCCACAUUCCCUUCCCAGGUACUCCCUCAUUCUCACACAUAUUUUCAGUCUCGCUCUUUGAGCUGGACUUGACCUUAAUUCAGAAGGAAUUGAAGAAUAAAUGA